GUGCUAAAUUGGCUUAAUGUUGUUGAUCCUGGCGCCAAUUAUUCGUCUGCACUUGCCGUUCGUGAAAAGGGUACAGGGAAUUGGCUGCUCAAUGGGCAGGAGUAUAUGGAUUGGAAGGCGGGUAAAGGAAAGGUUCUCUGGCUUCACGGUAUACGUGAGUCCACAGACGAGUGAAAUCUUAUGCUUCUAGGAAUGUCAUUAAUAUUUUUCUCUUGUAGCCGGAUGUGGAAAAAGUGUCCUAAGGUGCGAAAUCAACUGGGUGUCGAAGGGUGCAAUAUGAUUUCCUGAUUGCUGACACUAUUUAGCGCUACCGCUAUCGAGGAUGUCAAAAAUUUGUGCAAGGCGAAUGACGAUCACGCAUUAGCCUAUUUCUACUUUACAUUCAGUGACUCGGGGAAGCAAAAUUUGGUGAAUAUGCUUCUAUCCAUCAUUGGCCAACUGCUACGGGGGCGUUCCGACCUGGCCUUGCCUGAUGAGAUUAUCAAACUAUACCACGACUCUAAGGCAAUUGGAAUGUUGCCAGAUAUAAAAGAUCUGCAAACCGUAUUUUCGAAUAUCACGAAGCUUGCGAAGAAGACGUUUAUCAUUUUAGAUGCCUUGGACGAAUUUCCGAAGGCCAUCCGCGGGACCCUUUUGUCUUGGAUUGGCGAGCUCACGGUGGAUCAUGUGGGAUCACUUUCGAUUCUCGUCACUAGCCGUCCCGAGGCCGAUAUAGCGAGAUCACUGGAACCACAUACUGCUUUUGCAAUAUCGCUACAAUCCAGCACUAUCGAUCCGGAUAUCCGUGCAUAUAUACGGAACUCUCUAGUCAGCAAGGAUGGUUUCCAGAAGUUUACACAAGAAAUCAAAAGUGAGAUAGAGGAAACGCUAGUUGCGGGUUCUCAGGGAAUGUGUGUUAUGCCCGCCCAUUGAAUUUCCACUUAUGCUAACCUUGUGGCUCGUGUUUUCAGGUUCCGAUGGGUAGAUUGUCUCCUGCGAAUUCUGGAAGAAUGCAUAACACCAAAAUCAGUGCGGGACGCAAUGAGGGAACUCCCGGAAGACUUGGAUUCUAUCUACGCGAAGAUCCUAGAUACUAUCCCUAAGAAGCAGAAGGAGUAUAUUCGGCGAGCGAUGGAUUGGCUAGCAUUUUCGGCAGAACCACUGACCCUAGGCCAGCUCGCCGAGGCCAUGGUGAUAGAAUACGAUGUCAACAAGUAUGGCGAGGAUUCGGAAAAUCUUUUUGACACAAACUCCCUGAUGAGCAUUUGCCCUAGCCUUAUUUCAUUCGAAGACGCCAGGGACGGGGAAUCCUCCAGCCAGGAAAGCCGGCGAUUACGACUAGCACAUUUCUCGGUAAAGGAAUAUUUGAUCUUAGACCGGGCGGCGCAGGGCCCGAGUGCCUACUAUCAUAUUUCGGAGGAUAAGGCCAAUUUACGGAUGGGGCAUGCUUGUCUCAGUCGAAUACUGCGGCAUGGCGGACCAGGUACUAUACUCGGGGACAAAGUCGAAAAAACGUCAUUUCUCUACCACAGCGCUCGCCACUGGUUCACCUACUAUAGAUCAAUUGAGGAUACAGCACCCGCUCCACUCUCCGAGGCCGCGGUAAAGGUCCUCGAGCUCGGCCAGCCCUGGCUAGAUGUGUAUGACCCUGACAAUCCCUGGCAGUCUGAUCUCCUGGCUUCCAGGACUUAUCCACCAGCAAUCUACUAUUGCUCCUUAUUAAAUUUAGUGACGGCCUGUAAGUUACUGGUCAACAGGAAAGAGGAUGCGGUAAACGUGAAUGCCCAGGGUGGCCGGCACGGCUAUGCACUACAAGCAGCUACAUCAAGGGGAACCGAAUCGGUUGUGCGACUUCUUCUCCAGCGUGGGGCAGAU